AUGUUUUCACCAGCACCACUCUUUCGCGCCGUCUGCCGCCGAGCGUUUGGGACGCGAAGUUUCCUACAUCAAGAACAAACGACGACACAGCAGCCAGCUUACCGCAACAUCAAGGUUCAGCCAACGUUACCGAAGAAUGGUCUUACUUGGAACGAAAACUCAUUACCAGAGGGGGCUCUCCCGCCUCUUGAGGUGGAAGCAAGAUGGAGGGAAAUGUCUCAACAAGCCCUGAGUGACUACAGACACCACAAAAUUGCCGACGCAUACAGUGGUCGGAGGGUGAUGGUGAAAAAUGGCAAUUUCAAUGAGGCGGUGAGGGAGCUGGACCAAAUCCUCAUACGAAACCGAGUUCGUGCCACGCUCUACGCCAACAUGAGACAUGAGAAGAAGGGAGUGAAGCGACGACGAAUACACAGCGAGCAAUGGCGUAAACAUUUUGCGGCAGAGGUUCGGAAGAAUGUCCAAGUGGUUCGUGAAAUACGGCGGAGAGGUGCCUAG